GAAGUGCUGCUUUAUUGACUUUCUGUAAACAAACACGAUGGCGGCGACGGACAGAGAAAUGAAUCCAGAACCGGAGAAACUGCAGUUCCGGCUGGACGUCCCCUUCCCCUCCCCCAGAGACGCCUCCAUCGCUCUGGGCUCUCUGUCUCCAGACCGAGAGCCCAGGAAGGGAGGGAUCGACAAACAGCUGAUGGUGACGGACAGGACGCUGACUGUGAGGUGGAGUGCUGACGAGGCUCGGAUCCUCCGGGUCUCUGUGAACUCUUUCCUGGAUAAUCUGUCGCUCGUCCUGGAGACCAUGCAGAUGUUUGCCCCCCCCGCCUCACAGUGACACGUACACACACACAUACACACACAGCUGGAUCCUGAGAGGACCGUUUGAAGGAAGUGUUGGGAAGCUUCACCUGUUGGACGAUUUCUAUUUAAACUUCUUUUGUAAGAAAACAAAUAAAAAGCAGCUGAUCAAAAA